UUUCAGAAUGUUUUACGUAUUGUUGUAUGAUGCGUACUGUAUAACUGUACCAGUAGUAUGGAUAAAUCUAGAGCAAGAUACAUUUCAAAUGCCAAAAAAAUGUAAACAGCUUACUGUAGCCUGUGUCAAACAGAUAUUGCCUUGCGAUGACUGGAACACAUUUGCAUUUCAUAAGAAAUUUGGUCCUUAUGAAUCGUAUCCACAUGCACGAUCGAUUGAAAAAGCAAUAAGUGAAAUGUCAACAUCAGACGACAAUAUUGUUAUACCGAAUGGAAAUUCAGAGAAUUCUUCGAAAAAGAGACUUAUAAAAAAACCGAAAUUAUACGGUGACUCAUCGAGUAGUGAUGAAUCAAAAAGAGAGAAGAUUACGGCGCCUUCGAAUUACAUUCCAACAGAAAGCGAACAUGUAUUGGAUUCAUUAAGCCAGGUUAAUGAAUCAUCGAUCACUAAACCAG